AACUCCCCUUCCAUUUGCAUUUGACUGGAACCUAUUAUAUUUGGUUACCGGUCGACUUUUAUUAGUCAUGAUCUUACACGUAUCGAAAACGUGCUUCUACAAAGAUCUCUUUCUUCCAUUUGUGCCAAUAAAAUAUAUGAGAAAAAACAAAUUAAGAGAAUUCUGCUUCUAAAGCAUCCUUACUAAGUUGACGAUAUUGGAAUCGUUUGUCUUAUAAGACAAUUACUUGCCUUGAUAUCAAGAAAAAUAUUAAAGAAAAAUUAUUGUUUUUAUCAAUAGAAGUACUGUAAUCAGAAACAAUUGUUUAUUAUAUCUUUAUAUUCGUCAGCGUCUAUGCUUAUGAAUAAAGAUGAUAACUUUCUUAAAUAUUCUUAAGUAUCGAAAAAUUUUUUCACAAUCUAAUAACAUAUUAUAAUUUUAUAUCGUAAUAACAACUUAAUGUAUUUAAGCUAUUCAUUUCUAUCGUAUGUAACAAUCUUACGAAUUAAAAUAUUUUUUCUUUUUGAAAUCUCAGAAAUAAACUUUCCUUACGAUAUGAAUACAUGUCAUUAUUUUAAUGUUCUAUAGAUCCAAAUCUUAUGACAUAUGUGCAUAAAAUAUUCGGUACGUACAAACAUAACGUGUUAUCGAUAUAUUAUCGUAUAAAUUGUUAUAAUAUACUAUCAUAUAUGAUAUUGUAUACGAUUAAAAAGGUAUUGUAUUAAUAUAUAUCUAAUUGCUAGAAACAACAUUUUUUUUAAUGAAACUAACCAGUAAUUACUUUAUUGAGCAUAGUAUAGAGAGUAAGUAUCUAGAAGGGCAUAAUAAAGGCAUCUUCCAGCCCCUGGUCGUUAUUGUUAGUCGGUCUGUGAACCGUUCAAUUACAUCACGUGUUGCUGGAAUGCAUAGAUUGUUUCAAUCAAUUGGCACUCGGUGGCUCUAGAACUUUCAUAAUGGAAGAAUUAUGUUACCAAGCUACUCGUAAGUCGACGCCUGAUCAACGAUUAUGAACUGUAAUCUGUUUACAAAAGAUGAUUUUAUCUACCUCACUGCAAAAUAUGAUCUCACUAUGUUUUCGAUCUAAUACAUAAAUACUUUAAAAAUACUAUAUAUCCGAUAUUAUUUUUCGCAUACUUAUUAUUACCGAUUUAUAUUAUCAUCGAUUAUGAAUAACAUGUUACAUAAAAAUGAAAUAUACAUCAAAACAAAUUAAUGUAAUUAAUUUCUCUAUUAACGUCUCUUACAUAAUAUAAAUCUGAAUGUAAUAAUGCAUUAAUUAACAUAUAGAGAAAAAUAUUAUUUAAUUUGUUGAAGAUGUAAUCACAAUAUGUGGUUGAGUUAAAAACGACAGAAAUUAUAGCGAUGUCAUAAUCGUGUCAUAUAUUUUUAUACGAAAUUUAUUUGACAUUUGAAUUUAUCGUAGAUAUUCUCGAAUUCUCGAUUUCUCGAAUUCUCGAUUUUUCAAAUCAAUAACUAAUCGUUUCGAUACAUCGCAGUUUUUCUUAUCGUUUAUGUGUGAAUCUAUUCGAAAUAUUUGCAUGGUUUGGAUAUAUUUUCUACCCAAACAGGAAAAGAAUUUUAAAUGGAUAGAACCAAUAGGAACAGAUACGGGUAUUAAACUAUAUAACCCAAUUACAAAAACUAAAGUUUCAUUAAUAUUAAGAAAAGAAGGCUUCUUAACAUGGUAUAUGUGUGGUCCAACAGUUUACGAUUCUGCUCAUAUUGGACAUGCAAUCACUUAUAUCCGAUUCGACGUAAUAAGACGAAUUUUAACACAAUAUUUUAAUAUUCAUACAUUAGUAAUAAUGGGUGUAACAGAUAUUGAUGAUAAAAUAAUAAUGCGAGCUGCAGAAAAAGGAACAAAUUUUAAAGAAUUAUCCAAAUUCUAUGAAGAUGAAUUUUUUAAUGAUUUGGAAAUGUUAAAUAUCACAAUGCCACAUUUAAGCUGUAGAGUUACAGAGUAUAUACCACAAAUAAUACAAUUCAUUGCUAAUAUUUUAGCUAAAAAUAAAGCUUAUGUUGCAAAAGAUGGAUCUGUAUAUUUUGAUACCAAAUCAUAUAAUAAAUAUGGGAAACUCUUAGUUCCAUUUAUGGAUACUACUUGCACAGAUAAAAGAUCUUCGUUAGAUUUUGCUUUAUGGAAGGCAGCAAAAGAUAAAGAACCAUAUUGGGAAUCUCCAUGGGGCUGUGGAAGACCAGGAUGGCACAUAGAAUGUAGUGCUAUGGCAAGUGCAGUAUUUGGAAAAACAAUAGAUAUUCAUAGUGGUGGAAUUGAUUUGAUGUUUCCACAUCAUGAAAAUGAAGAAGCACAAUCUUGUUGCUAUCAUAAUACAGAACAAUGGGUAAAUUAUUGGUUACAUUGUGGACAUUUAUGCUUAAAAGAUGACAUUAAAAUGUCAAAAAGUUUAAAAAAUACCAUAAGUAUAAAAGAGUUUCUUGAAAAGUACACAACCAAUGAUUUAAGAAUGUUGUGUUUACUUUCUCACUACAGGAGUAAUAUUAUAUAUUCUAAUGAUGUGAUUGAUCAUGCUGUAAGUGCAAGAAAAAAAAUAGAAAAUUUUAUUAAUGAAUGUAAUAAUUAUUUGACUGGUAAAAUCAAUAGUAAUAAUAUAGAUGAAGUUUCUUUAAUUCACAAUUUGCAUGAAACAAAAAGUAUGGUACAUAUGGCUCUAGCAGAUGAUUUCAAUACUGCACAAGCAAUACGAGCUAUUUUAAAUCUUGUUGACAUAAGUAAUAAAAUGUUUUCUCAAAAUAAUAGUACUUACAAUGACAAAGGUACAACUGCAAUUGCUGCAGUUUCUGUAUACAUUUCAAAUAUACUUUCUAUCUUUGGUUUCACAAAAUCUAAAUGCAUAGUAGAAAAUCGAAAAACUGAAGACAUUAUCAACUACUUUGUGGAAUUUAGAAAUGUUAUUAGAAAUAAAAUAUUAGAGCAAAAAGAAAAGGACGAAUUUUUAUUACUUGCAUGUGAUACAGCAAGAAAGAAUUUAUAUACUUGUGGAAUUACUGUCAAGGUAAACAAUUAUUAUUAUUAUCAUUUAAGAAAUAAAAUUAUUCAUCAUAUUUCACUUAAAUGUAAAUUAUUCGUAUUUGUAGGAUCGUAA